AUGACCGGUCUGUGUGAAUCUUGGCAGCAAGCUAAUCAAAUUGUCGAGAAGGUGUGUUCACUCGUGAUUGAAAGAGAAAAGAAAAGCGAACUCUCGUUCACUCUUCUCCCCCAUGCACAUUGUGUGCCGAUGGGGAGAACUGUCAAAUGCCGUGUGGUGAGGUGGCCGACAACUACGGUUAGCCGUCAAACUAUUGAAAGUCAAGACGAACAGCAGGCCACUCAUUCUUCUGUUUUCACAGGUCGUUCCCGGUCCUCUUCUCCACCAUUUCCCGUUUUUCGACAGAAAUCCGCUAGAAGUGCGCUCACGAAUCCUAGAUCAUUCAUUUCGUCAAAUGUUCUUGAUGGAGCUCCGUCGCUGAGACGCAAUUCAGUGUCCCGAAUGGCUUCUCCAUCGAUUGGAGAGUCGAAUCGGAUGGAGAUUGGAGAGGAAUGUGAUCAAGACGAGCAAAUCAUUGACAAUCAAUCCUCAUCCACUCAACCCUAUCGAUUGGCUCUUUUCGGUUCUCCCCUUCCACAAUCACAAACGAUUAAAGUCGAGCAGUCGUCACUCUUCGGUCAUCGGCAAACAAAUGUCGAAGAGAAAUUCGAAUCCCCAUUACUGCCUUCACUGGAUUCAAAAAUAAAACCAUCUCUACCACUUCAAACUUUCCCCCUUGCACCCACGAAAUUGAUGCCAUUUCCGGACGUCAAAUUGCCAGAGGAUUUAUACUUGAAUCUUUGCGAGCUACGGAAACAAGGAGUGAUGUUCGACAUUGAGAUUGAAGUAGAUGAGGAAAUAAUUCGGGCACAUCGGAUCGUUCUUGCCGCAGCGAGUCCAUAUUUUCGGGCAAUGUUUACCUAUGAUACAAUGGAGGCGCGAACGGGGAAAGUGAAAAUAAAUGAUAUCUCUGCUCCGGCAAUGCGUUUGUUAAUCGAUUAUAUCUACUCGGCUGAGAUCUCAAUUAGUACUGAAAAUGUACAGGAGUUAAUCUUUGCAGCAGCUGUUCUACAGAUGGAUCGUGUUUGCUCGGCUUGUCAAGAUUUCAUGACUCAAUACUUAACCACAUCGAAUUGUUUAUUGAUUAGGCAAUUUGCUGAGCUUUACAAUUGUACGAAUUUGUUGACGAGUACUGUUGAUUUUGCCACUGAUCACUUUCAGGAGUUAAUAAAAGUCCCAGAGUUUCUGUCAAUCUCGUUCACGCAUUUGCAAUGUAUAUUGUCGAGAGCGGAUCUGAAAGUCGAUUCGGAGCAAGAGGUUUACGAGGCGGCAAUCGAAUGGGUGAAAGAGGAAAUCGCGAGUCGGAUCAACCACCUCGCCGAUCUCCUCCAUUGUGUCCGACUCACUCAACUUCCGCUCUCAUUUCUCAUCACUGUUGUUUAUGAAGAGCCGCUUAUCAAAGAAAAUCAAUCCUGCAAGGACAUUGUAUCAGAGGCGAUGAUGGAUUUGCUACGAGAUGUGAAUGAGGGAGAGCCUGGAGGCAGUCAUUGUACCCGUGGCAGUAUUGUCUCCUCGUCGAUCAGUCUCUACUCUCCAAUUUAUCGAACAAGAAGAUCCCGACCGAGAAAGAGUCUUGCCGGUGUCAUUUUCUGUGUUGGUGGAAGAGGUACCUCUGGAGAUCCAUUUAAAACCGUUGAAGCCUACGAUUUUCGAAGAGAUCGAUGGCUUGCGGUUCCCGAGAUGAGAUCAAGAAGGCGACAUGUUGGAGUGGUUAGUGCACUUGGGAAAUUAUUUGCUAUUGGUGGUCAUGAUGGAGAGAAGCAUUUGGACUCAGCUGAAUCCUUUGAUCCAUUAAGGAACAAAUGGACUGAGGUAUCAGCGAUGAAUACGGCUAGACGAGGGAUUGCGGUUGGGACACUCUGUGGAGUGAUCUACGCAGUUGGUGGAUUGGAUGAUAAUACGUGCUUUGAUGUAGUUGAGCGCUAUGACAUUGAAUCAGAUCACUGGACGAGUGUCGCUUCCAUGAACACGAGAAGAGGCGGAGUUGGAGUGGUGGCUGUUGGCAAAUAUCUAUAUGCUGUUGGGGGGAAUGAUGGUGGCUCGUCGUUGGACUCAUGCGAACGGUACGAUCCUUUCAUCGACAAAUGGAAAACAGUGUCACCGAUGGGAAAUCGCAGAGCUGGAGCUGGUAUUUGUGUCCUUGAUGGAUGUCUGUAUGCAGUUGGAGGCUUCGAUGAUAACUCUCCGCUUUCCACCGUUGAGCGUUACGAUCCGCACACUGAUCAGUGGACUCAAUUAGCGCCGAUGAGUUGUCCAAGAGGUGGUGUCGGUGUGGCGGCGAUGGCCGGUCUUGUCUACGCGAUUGGCGGCCAUGAUGGGCAUUACUACCUGGACUCGGUGGAGACUUAUGAUCCGUCGACAAAUUCGUGGACUCUCGUCGCGAAUAUCAAAGAGUGCAGAGCUGGCGCCGGUGUGGCAUGGGCGGAUUGCAAGAUUGAGACGCUCACUCAUCCACGACAACUCCAUUUUGAUGGAGCUGGAAGUUUA